AUGAGCUCGAUCUCACCGAAACGCCUUCGCUUCUACCCUCUUUUGGAAUUCAGCGGCAGGUGCUACCGGGACCUGAUAGAUGUAAUUCAAGACCGUUGGCCUCGUGAACCGAGGUUCACUCGACUCCAAAGCCCACGAAACUAUCCUCUUGUCACAUUUAGUGGAGAACACUUGGAGAAGGGAUCACAUCACGUUUCAGUUCCAGUCACCAUCGAUCAUCCAGCACGAGAACGCCAACCUACACCACCGCCUUCACCCCUACCUCUGCAAACGUCAUCGCAAGCACAUCUAAGCCACGUAAAAUGCCCCGUUCCACAGUUCCUUCACUCCACGGAAUUGGCCCACAACUUCGAGAAACCCGAAGUAGUCCAAUGCAAUAACCACAGUCUCUCGGGCAGUCAUGUCGAUCUGUCUACGCGGGAGCUCUGUGAGGCAGUAACUCGGGCGGAAAUGUGGACGCAGCGAUCGAUGAGGGGUCUACGUGAGCACACACGAAGCCUUCUGGCUGCUACGGAGGCAGAGGAGCGAAGACUGAGAGCGAGAUUGGCCUCGCUUCAGAAUCAGAUGAUGCUGGCAGUGGAAACGGAGCGGAGCAAAGAAUCUUCUCAAUCAACUAGCAUCUGUGCAAAUACUGCUGUGGAACGACAGAAGGUCGAUCUCGGGAAUCAAGAGCAGGUGGACGAGGUGACCACAAAUGUCGACUUCAACACAUCCGCAGCCGCACCACAGUUUGAUCGCCAUCGCCGUGAGAAUGUGUAUACUGCAAAUGAGAAAUGUUUCGCCAAGGGCGAUCUUAGUUCGACUCAGCAUGCAAUUUCCGACUUGGGAAAUGUAGGCGACAUUGUCUUAAAGGAGCCAAUGGCCGUUGGUGAAGGCGACGCCAGUGCGGACCACCUGUCUACUCCAAAUUGUUGCAGUACACCACUACGAGAUGAAGAGCUGCCUGAUAACACCAACCACUCUGAUUUUCAGCAUCUUUAUCGUCGUCCUGAUCUUCUAGAGCAAGAACAAGAGGGACACCAAUCACAGUCGGAUGAUGUUGUGACUCUCAUUGCAGAAGAGACUGGUGAUCACAGGGUGGAUGGUGGACACUCCUCUAUUGAAUUUCAAGCUCAUAAUAGCAUUUCGUACAAUCAAUCGGAAGUCUGCAGUACCACAUAUCAUUUAGAAGGAGCUCGUGAGCAGUUGACCACAUCAGAGAUUGAUAAUUUUUGUCAAGAUGAGGGUAAAGAGGGUGUCUCUAUCCUUCCAGCACAUUCCAAAGAAGUUGGUUGUGAGGAUCGAUUACCCAAUGAGAAAUUGAAGGAGCAAGAUAUUUGCCCAGGAGAUAAAUUCGAUCAAAUCAUUGAGGAUCAAGAUAUUCCACUCGAAUCUGUUCCAGUGGUAGACGAAGCCUCCUCAAAGAUUCAAGAUUGUCCUUCAAAGAAUAGUCUCGUCAGUGAAAGUUCCCUUACAGAGGUGUCUUUCUCUGUGGAGUCGAUGGUGACUGAAUCCAGACCUUUCUCUGUUGAAAUUGGCGAAGCUAUGAAACAGAGGUUCAUCGAUCUACUCAAAGAGGAAUCCAAAAAGUUGAAGGUAGCAAAAGAGGCCUAUUUGUCGAAAAAGCAGACAAUUCGUGAGCUGAAAGCGCUGCUUGAGCAGGGUUUGAGUCUCUCUAAAUCGACGCUUCUUUUGAACGUGGAGAGAAAUCCUUCUCCAGCAAACAAUUGCACCGAUGUUACAUCAUCCAAAUCUGAGACCUUGGACGACGCACAGUGUCGCUCAAUUGUCAACUCUCCUCCACCUUCUCCUAAAUCAUCGUCAAAUCUACGUGGCCCAUCUAAAUCAAAGACGUCGCCUUGCUGUAAAAUUGCUCCCACAUCUCGCAAGUCCAAUAUAGACGUUCUGCAGAUGAGACCAGCUAAACCAACAAAAAAACUCAGCCAGACAGAUGUGGAGAAGAUGUACGUCGAGUUCAUCAGAGCUUCUGAGCGGUCUCGACCUCGCCACAAGGCCUUCACCGGCUCACGGCAGCUCUACGGCAAGUAUAUUCUUAACUGGUCUACAACUCGCAGAUACAGUGAGCCCUUCUGUCUUCACGUGGAGUUGACAGUUCCUGUUGCCAGGGCGGGAAGGAAGGAAGAGGAGGAUGGGGAGAGGGAGGCUAGUGAACGAAUAAAGGUGGUUGGCUGGGUGAUGGGCAGUCUUGAAGAUUCCGAAGUGACCAAGGCCAAAUCUCCCGUACGCGAGCCUUUUCACCGGGCAUUCGAUAGUCGUGAUUGCGCUACAAGUACAGACUUUCAUGGGCAACAAAGUCCACGAACCGCCAAUCCGGCUGAGGACCACGCAUUUACUCUCUACACUGCCCCUGUGGUACACCUUCCCCGCCUACCCCAAGCCAUCCGGAAGGCCGCUCGUGUGCGUGUGUCCAUCUCUGCGGCUCAAAUACAUUCUGCUCCUGCCAUGGGUUCCAGUUGUCAUGUGCGUGUAAUUAUAACAUCGGUGAAGCUUAUAAUGCCAACAGGGUGCAUCCUUUUUUAUCUCACAAUUGUUGUCAUCAUAAUCAUCACCACCGGGGCCACCACAAUUGGCAUCAACCAUCGUGCCCCUCCUGCCCUCCCCAUACUGCGUUAUGUCAGGAAGGCGUCAAUCCACACUACAACAACAGUUAUUUCAGUGCUCGUGAUGGCUUUUCAGUGGCUACGAAUCAGCCUCAGCCUUCUAACACAAAAGCCCCAAAGCAAUUGCACCGUACAAAAACUUGUCACUACACCUAAAACAAUCCACAGCAUCUUGCUCAUCGCGGUGUAUGCUGAAGCUAACACCUACUCGAGAUUGACCACCCUCGGCCUCACCCUGUCUUGUGUCUCGUUUGUCGUGUGUGGUGGCUGUUCCUGGUUCGAGUUUGCUCCUCGAAGCCAUCUAAAGGGUGCCGGCGCCACUAACACAAAGCGCCAAUCGCUUGAACGGGAGCAAAUUUCCAAAUCCACUCACUGGCGUCCCGCCUUUCGAGACUACAGCCAUGAUGCUACUGUUAGGUUCAACUUCUCACGUACCAAUCCACCCUAUGCUUGCGAUCGAGAGGAGGACUUCAACCAACGCAAUGGAUCAAACGUGGAUCCGCAAAGCUUGCAGGAGGCGUUCCGACUUCGAAUGAAGGCUUUUAUAGCUCGCUCUGAGGCGCGUCAACGCUUCAUCAGGUUGAAUGCUCUAGAACGGCGGCUACGAGCCAAGCAUGGCGCAAUGCGGUCAAUGAACAACUGCAACACCGUCUUGCCUGAUAAAGAAAUGGGGUUGAGGGCAGGCACUUCUUGCUUGAGGCUACCGAACUAUCUUCGUUGCCCUCGAUUCUUGAGUACAAUCGGGCAAACUGCCUAUAGUAAGUGA